AUGCUCGAUCGUGGACAAAUUAAUGAACCAAUAUAUUAUGGUGUUGAUCAACUACAACAAACAAAUCAAAAUCAACUAAGACAGGUUGAAGAACGACACGGUGAAUUCCGACAAUUAGAAACUGAUAUUGUUCAAUUGCAUGAAAUACAUCGUGAUUUUGCUGACAUUGUUUCUGAUCAUGGUCAAAGGAUUGAUAAUAUUGAAUCGAGUGUUGCUCAAACUGAAACGCAAGUUUUUCAAAGUACUAAAAGCUUAGGUAAAGCUGUUGGAUUACAGUCAGCAGCUCGUCGAAAAAAAAUUAUAUGUGGUGUUAUUAUAUUUGUUAUAAUUGCUUUAGCUGUAAUUAUUACACUCGUAGUUGUACUCACCAAAAAAAAAUCUUAA